UAGUUUAACUCGGCACUAAACAAGAGGAUGUUCAGUUAGCCUGUUAGCUUGUCGCUAACCAGCUCGGGAAGUUGCAAUACCAUAAUUGACAGGGAAAUUUUAAGGAAAAGAUGCGGGGUGUCAGAUUUCCUAAAAGCGAACCUUUGAGUUUCAGAAUUCUUCGUUUGUGAAGUUUCAGGGAGGAAAAUUACCGGAGCUAGCUAGUUAGCUUAGUUGUGCUAAUCGAGGCCAGCUGCUGUAACGACUCUGUUUAGUUAACGUGGAUGAUUGAGCGGUGGCAACGUCCAUUAAACAGUAGCCCUCAGUAACUAAAAGGGCAUGUUAUUAACGCAGACGAGCACGAAUUAAAGUCCGUGUUAAAGCACAGGUGGAAGAAGGUUUUGAUGGUUUAGCUUAGCAGCGGGUUAGCUUAAAAGAAAAGUGCAGUCAUGGACGAUUUCAGCUCUAUCAGCCUGUUGUCUCUGGCGAUGUUGGUGGGAUGUUAUGUUGCUGGGACGAUACCUUUAGCUGUCAACUUUUCAGAGGAGAGGCUGAAGCUGGUCACAGUGCUGGGAGCGGGGUUGUUGUGUGGGACUGCACUGGCUGUCAUCAUUCCUGAGGGGGUUCAUGCACUUUAUGAAGAAAUACUUGAAGGUGGGCACCACAAACACGGCCAGGUGGGAGUCUUGGUAGCAUCAGAGGCAAAAGUUGAAGGCGGUGAGGCGGCACUGAGUGCCGGUGCAGAACAUGAGCACAGUCAUGAGCAGCUCCAUGCCUGCAUCGGGGUGUCCCUGGUCCUGGGCUUCGUCUUCAUGCUGCUGGUGGAUCAGAUCGGCAGCUCUCAUGUGCACAGCACUGACGAUCCAGAGUCAGCAAGGGUGACCUCCUCCAAAAUCACCACCACUCUGGGUCUGGUGGUCCACGCUGCAGCUGACGGUGUUGCUUUAGGAGCGGCAGCCUCCACCUCUCAGACCAGCGUCCAGCUCAUCGUCUUUGUAGCCAUCAUGCUGCAUAAGGCCCCAGCAGCGUUUGGCCUCGUGUCGUUCCUGAUGCAUGCUGGUCUUGAGAGAAACCGCAUCCGUAAACAUCUCCUGGUCUUUGCCCUUGCAGCUCCUGUCCUCGCCAUGCUCACCUUUUUAGGCCUCAGUCAGAGCAGUAAGGAGGCUCUAUCAGACAUCAACGCCACCGGUGUGGCCAUGCUCUUCUCUGCUGGCACCUUCCUCUACGUGGCCACCGUCCACGUCCUCCCCGAGGUUGGCGGUGGCGGACACAGCCACGCUCCUUCAGGAGGAAACGGCGGUAAAGGACUGAGCAAGACGGAGGUGGGAGCACUGGUGCUGGGCUGCCUCAUUCCUCUGGUGCUGUCUGUGGGUCACCACCAUUAAAACCUUGAGCUCAGGAUGGAUUCAGACGGGUGUACAGGGAAAACAAAGAGAGAGACUUCAAACAACGAGGGAUCUAAAUGUCUUAUUAUUUGUGUUGACUGAUGAAGUUUGUGGACCAGACAGGUGCUCGUUUCUGCGACGUCCCGGGACUCAAACUGACCUGAAAACGAAGCAACCGAUGUAAGCAGGAGACCGAGCUGCUGCAGUGACAACAAAAGGCACAAAAGGAUGUUUCUCCUGACAGGGAAGCAUCUUUCCAGCCUCUGUUUGUGUCUGUUUAUUCCACAGGAAACCUUUUUUAAAGGUGGAUCUGUUAACUCUGUUGACAUCACUGCAGAGAUUAUCGUGCUCAUCCAAGAUCUAAGAACAACUCUGAUCUCAACAGUGAUGUUUUACCACAUGACAGUUGCACAGCUGAGAUUUUGACGGUUGUUAUUUAAGCCUGUUAUAUCAAGUAAGAAAACUUUUUUAUGAAUCUUACAGCAGUUAAAUGUCUUAGCAAAAUUCAAGAGUGAUUUGAACUGAUUGACAAGUGCCAUAUUAACAAAGUGAGACCUGAGAGGGCACCACAGUUUGACAUAGAUGCUCCUGAACUUCUGUUAUUCCCCACACAGCUCUUUUUUUACAGCAGGGUGAGAAAUCAGACAGAUUAACAAGCCAGGCACAAAUUUUUGUUUGCCUUUUGAGUUUUAUUCCAGGAGAAAAUCAGUUGUGAAAAUCACAAAAAUCGUGGUCUUGUCUGCUCAAACCUGAGGCCUAUGUAAGAAAAAGACCGGCCUUGAUGUUUUGCAACAUGUCUCUUUAAAUGUGCUUCUUUCUCUUCUGUUUCACUUUGAGGAUGAUUACUGUUAACACAAGUUGGAGGAUAAUCUGUAUAAAAUCAUUAGGUGAUCAUAUAGAGUGUUUAUAAGCUUUUUUAGAGGUAGAGGAUAGUUCAGCAGCUCUGACUGGGUGAGGGAUUUUACCUAAAGAAGGCAUUAUGUGAAUAGAAAGUAAAGGGACCAUCAUAGGGCUGGGCAAUAUUGACCAUAAAUCAUAUAUAUUUUUAGCUGAAUGGUGAUAUAUGAUAUAUACAAUUUAUAUGGUUAUUUCAAUGUCAGAAAAUAAAAAACAGUUGUCAUGAUAACAGAACUGUGAACUUUGAAAUGAGGCUACUAAAAAUCAAAGGAGAAUGAUACCGGUUUGAUACCAUGGCAGCAGAAAUGGAAGUCCUAUAUGACAAUGUUGGGCAGUUUUUUGUUGUAAUUCACCUAGAGAGGAAACAGAGUAACUUCUGCUUACACUGACAGUGUUUUUACAAAAGCCUCAGUGCAAAGAAGUGGUUUUUAAAAUGUUAAAAUGAUCACUCUUUCUGCUGCCAACAUCUCGUUUGGUUAAAGUUCACCACUACUCAGGAUCAUGCUCAAACUUUCGGAACUUUCCUUGUCCAAAAUGUGCACUACACAGAUUACCAUGGGGAAUUUGUGGACAGUUUUAAUCAAGCGCCAAACUCCAGUGGGUAGCGAAUCUUUUUUGCUGUCCAGGCAGGGCCACACUGACUGACUGAACAGUAAAGAUACGAUGGCGAGUCAGGAAGAAAAGCUGUGGUGGUUCUGUGUUAGUGUAAGUCCUACAAUCCCUUGCAAUCAAGGGAGAAAUAUAAAGCCCAGUGAAAUUAACCUUUGACCUCUGAAAUCUAAUCAGGUCAUCCUUGAGUUUAAGUGGUUGUUGGAGCAAAGUGUUCAAGAGGCUCCCUUAAAAAGUUCUUGAGAUAUUGUAUUCAAAAGCAAGGGAUCAACAUUAAGCCCAACAUGGUUGACCUUUGACUUUCUAAAUAUAAUCAGUUCAUCUUUGAUUCAGAGUGGAUAUUUGUGCAAAAUGUGGAGAAAAUUCCUCAAAAUGUUAUUUUCAAGCGUUGUGAUCUGAAGCAAAGGAUGAAACAAAGCCCAAUAAUGCUGACCUUUGACCUUCAGCAUCUAAAGGAUUCAUCCUAUAGUCAGAGUGGCAGCUAAUUUUGUAUUGAUAUUUGACGUGUGCUGCUGACCUCUUGGCCAGGUCGCCCUUGUAAAUGAGAUCCUGAUCUCAAUGGGAUUUAUCUGGUUGAAUAAGGUUAAAUAAAAAAAAUAAAAAAUAUGCAGAAUUUGUAAACUAUCCUUCAAUCAGAGUUCAGUCAGAGUGGAAAUUCCUUUAAAAUUUGAAAUGUUCUUGAGAUAUUGCAUUUGAAAACAAGGGAUGGACAUUCGAUCCAGCAGCAUUGACCUUUGACCUUUGACUUCCAACAUCAAAUUGGAGUCAAAGGCAAGAGCAGGUUAGGAUGUCCAGUUCCAAUUUAGGACUCUUUUUUUGUUGCCGUGGUACCAAAAAAGGAUCUUCUAUUUGAGUUUUGCUUGUAAUACAAAACCUCAGAAAUAAAGAAACUAAUUCCCCAUUUUGACUAAACUUUUCAAAGAGAUUAUCUUGUGCAUUUUACUGUUACUAGCUCUCUUUGUAAAUUAUCUUUACUGAGCGUAAGGCCUCGUAUCUGUUUUUAUUUGUUGUAUCAAUAGAAAUAAUGUUAUUCUGUAUUUCAUUUGAAAAGAUCAAAAGUGGAAAUACUGCCCAGCCCUAGACUAUCAGCUCAGAAGAACAUUAGUGACAUGGUAAAUCUUAAGCAUCCUUAUUUGUUUCUUUGAGUCUGUUUACCCCAUUAAUGAAUCAUACUUGAGCAAUAAUCACACUUGUGAAAUCGGAGCUGAGGCACUCUUGAACGCAGCCCUACUGCAUCUAUAAAUCAGCAACAUGUGGAUGAGUUAAAGUAUGAGGAGGCUGCCUGCUCUCCUAUGAGGACACGUGGAUAUCGUGAGUGUUACUGUUUCACUGUGCGGCUCCCAGCAGAGCUCACCUCUGUGUAUAUGUAUGUAAACUGUACAGAGCAACUUCUCCCUUUCACAAUCAUCCUGAUCUCUCUGUGAGACGGAACUGCUAACUCACAAACGUUUUUUUUAGUUUUAUGUUGAAUUUUUGGACACUAAUGGACUGUUCUUAAGGCUGCGGACUGUCUAAGGAGUUUUCUGUAUAAAUUGAACCGUUUUACUCACACGUCUCGUCAGUUAAUUCCACGUUACAUGAUAACCAUAAGUGAUGGAGGAAGAGGACGAUGUGGGGCGCAUGCAGACCAACAGCUGCAUGAUGUUUUUCUUUGUUUUUUAAUGGGAAGCUGUAUGUUUGUACAAAAAAACCCUCACUUUGUUGCUUUGCAGUCGGGCACGUUGGAGGACAGCCCCAUUAUGUGCUUUAUCAGACUCCCUGCUGAGAUUUGUCCUGUCUGUCGUCCCCUUCAUCACAAAAACCUCUUAGAAUGAAUUCAGGGUCCACUGGUUAACGUGUUUCAUGCUGCAGAUUAUUUACAUAAAUCCACAGAUUAUUUCCUCAGUUAUCAUUCAGUCUAAAAAUGCUCAAAACAGUGGGCAAUGUGAGAAGAGUCAGGUUUUAAACUUUCAACAGUCCAAGAAUCAACAUACAUCCAGUUAACUGUGGGAAAAAACUACAUUUUUUGAUGCAUAAAUAUCCUGGAACCUUUUGUAAGAUAACAAGAAUAACUUAUUGAGAAUUAAAACCAUUGCAGAUGAAUGUUCUUUGAAUGCAGCUCUAUUUGAUCCUAGUUUUUCUUUUCUUUUUUUAUUUUGGGCCUUUAUUUGGAUAGAGGAGGACAGUGGAUAGACUCAGACAUAGGGGCGAGAGACAUGCGGCAAAGGACCUCAGGCUGGAUUUGAACCCGGGCUGCCCGCGUACAUGGUGUGCGCCUUAACCACUCGACUACCGGCGUGCCCUGAUCCUAGGUUUUACAACCAAAUGUCAUAUAUUUGUGAUUUAAGCAGCCUGUAAAGGCUUCAAACCAUCCUAGCUUUGCACAUAUCUGCACCGGGCAUUUGUUGACAUAUCAUUUCAGCAAAAUCCUUAGUUUGAAAAUCAAAACAAAGCAUUUAAGACAAGCUGUCACCUGAAGGUUUAAAACACACCUGUCAGGAUAGUCAGAGUAGUGCAUGGUUCACUUACAGUCCAUUAAAACAGAAACAAAGUUUAAAGUGGAACAUUUUUUGUUGUUUUUUCUUUAUAUUUUUGUCGAAAUGAAGCAUAGAGCACUCAGGCUGGAAGGGCCUGAGGGGGUGUAGCAGGAAGUGAAAUUAGAGGGUAAAUCUUGUCUGUUGAGUCUGCAGUUGGUUGACACAGUUUUGGGAAAAUUUUCUCUUUUUCUAUUUGGGUUUUCAGUAGAAAUGCUUACUUUUGAAUACUUUUACUUAAGUAAGGGAAUUAUUUGACCAUGUUCACCUCUGACACCAGGAAAGUGGAAAAAAAAGUGAUGAAAUGUUAAUUUUCUACAUAAUUUACUUCUUAGCUUUGUUAUAAUUUGGGUGAGUGAUUUAGUAGAGCUAUUAAAAAGGACAGAUGAACAGUUUAAGGAUUUGCACUAAAACACCAGGGCAAAAUUUCCCUCCCAGUCCAGCGCUGGGUAAGCCUAAAGUCCGAGUUAACUGUUUCACAAAGCUGGCUCUCUGUUAAGCUGGCUAUAUCAUCAUGACUCUAAACCUCUGUCCUGGUCAGAACAAGUAUAGAUACAGAGUUACAGCUUAAAGUCAGAUUUAAGUGUCAUCUUUUUAAUUAACCUGGGAAUAUUCUCCAGGAGCCCCAUGGAUCUUUAUGGAAGGAAUAUAAUGAUGGAAACUAGGCUGAAUGAUUUGAGAAGAGAACUGAACUGCAAUUUUUUCCUAAAUAUUGCAAAUGCAUUUUUUUUUAAGUUCCUUAUCUCGUGUAUUUCAGCUAAGAAGCAGAAUAAAACGUGUUUAUAACAAAUGCAAUACUUGGUAGAUUACAAAAAGGCCGAACAAUUUAGAAAAAAUCUAAUUCUGAUUAUUUUGAGUCAUUGCAAAUUCCAUAUGAACUGUUGCAUUUAAGGGGAUGAUGAUUUUAUGUCUUUAACAUUUUAAUAUGACAAAAGUUUAAAAAAAAAAAACGAGGAAAGUAGGAUUUUUUUGCAAACUAUAAAAAAAUAACACUUGAAUUUUUGCAUGGAGUGUAGAGCAAAACAUCUCUGCUGCAAAAAUGUAUUAAACUGGUAUUUUCACACAUUUCAGGUCAAAAAUAUUACAUCUUGUGUGAUUUGACAGUUGCAGUAGGACAUCUCAUGUUUCUAAGUUUUGAUCAAUUGCCCAGCCCUAAUGAAAACUUAGACUUACAUUUACACUAACUCACAGGCCAAUAUGCUGUCUAGUUUGAUUUGAAUUCCAAACUGGGAAACUGGUUUCACAGCAGCCAGUUAUCAAGAAAGUAAAGCACCAGAAGAAUAAAUACAGGGUAAACAAGCACUAAAGUAGUGGUACUCAACUGGUUUAGUCUCAGGACAAAUCACAACCAAAAUCUUAUUAAAAUUUCAAACACUCAAAAUUAUACAACACAGAAUGAUGUAGGACCUGAGGUAGUACAAAACAUCACUGUAAGUCUUCUAGAUGGCUCAUUUGUCCCUAAAGAGCACCCACAUUUCAUGUCUUUUGUGUUAUAAUUACAUCACAAUUUGCUGCAUAAUAUUCCAAAUUUGCACAUCUGAAAAUUUUUCUGUUUUUUGCCUUCAUUGGAGAGAUAGGACAGAGGGUAUGAAAAAGUCACAGGCUGGACUUGAACCUGAGCCGCCCAUGUACAUGGGGCGCAACCUAACCACGAGGCCAUCUGUUCCCCAACUUUGCACAUCUUCUUUUUUCUUUAAAGGCUGAGAGCAGCCAGAGUUAGAUACCCUUCCACCUCCCAAUGAAUCCCUGAAAAUAACAUCACAUCACAGACGUUUGCCCCUUCUUUUCAUAUUCUCAAACACACAAUCGUGAUCCACUUUUGGGUCCCAACCCACCAGCUGAGAAAAAUAAACCCACAUACAUCCACUAAUUUAGCUAAUACCGUUUCAAAUGAACUAAAUCAAAAUUAAACAGAUUUGAAUCUAUAACACUAGGUCUAAAUAUUACUGCAAAAGCUGAAAUGAUCUUCAGGCUAGAUAAAGCUUUUUGGCUGUUGAAGGUCUAGUAGUGAAACUGCAAAUAAAUACCCCCUUAUUUUUGCAAGUUGGACAGUGUGCAGGAGUUUCCUUUGAAUUGUCUGCUGGACAAAGUAAAACUUCUUAGGAAACGGCUGUUUUAAUGUUUGAUGAAAAUAUCCUGAAAAGUCCUUACAAUACAGCUGCUUUAACAACAAAACAAAGACAAUAAAGCGGAUUCUUAAGGUGUCAUCUGUGGACUGUAGCCUUUAUUAAACCAUCAUCCAGCCGAUUAGUCAGUUAAUUGAAAUAAUAUGACUUUGUUAUAGCCAAGCUUAAUGGUUAUUAUAGUGUUUUUUAACGCCUCAAAGGCUCAGACUUCAUCAUAGCUCCUGAUUAUCCUGCUGAAAUCAUCACCAGUGAAGGGUUAACAGCUGUACUGUCUGAAGUUUUCACCUGAGAAGGAAAAGAGAAGAAGUGCCAGUUUGUCAGAUGGUAAAAUCAACUAAUAACUUAAUCUAAAUGAUGUUAAAUGAUAAGAUUCUGCAGUCUCUUUCUCCCUCAGUAAAGCAGCAUUGUCAGUUUUGCUUGUUUUAAUCUUGAAUGUAUUCUUAACUAUUUUAAUCUGCAGCUGACAGACAGUGAUUGUUUCUUUUUGUGCAGAAGUGUCAUAUAAGGUUCUAUAUGCCCACUUUUAUGUGGAGAGCACACCGCUUUAGGCUGAACAACAGCAGAGAAAGUUUAUAUCCAGCUUCAUGGUACCCAAAGUCUCUAACUGGAGCUCUAAUCUCUGUCGAGCCACCUGACCCACAGAAAGUCCAGCUAUGUUGAGCUUGCAUUGUGGUACACCUCCUGGCCCUUAGAUUUUCAACCUGUCCAAAUGAAGAUGUUUUAAAAUGUAUCAUAUGUUAAGCAAAUGCUACACAAAUUAAGGGAGAGAAUCUCAUUGUUUAGAAAUUGUUAUAACCUCGCUUCCAGUGAGUCCCAUCCUGAAUGUCUGCACUUGAAAUUUUCCAUGAUACAAAUUUAAUACCAGACAGGAAGAGCUGUCAGCACAUAGUGGGGCUGCUAACAGGACCGUUUUAGUUUAAUAUUUAAAUAACCGAUUGGUGUGUUGUUUUGUCUUUAUUUUCUGCCAUUCCAGAUUGAGUCUGCCUUAUUUCUGAUUAUGAGGAGAAGAUGUAAAGUGUUUUAUGAUUGAAUUAAAGUUUUUUUAA